CCUCAGAGGAAGAAGAUUAGCAUGAUCUGUGGCAUUGUGUUGUUGUUAACAAACUGUUAAAAUAUACUUUUAGUAUGUAGAAAGAUACAAUCAGGUCAAUAAAAACAUUCCCAUGCACAUAGACAUGACUAAGUUUUGUAGCAAGCAGGAAUAUCUGGAGGAGUAUCAACUGAACUGAGAUCUGCUGCUGUGAAGAUGGUGUUUGUUAAAGAGGAGAGUGAGGAGGACAUGAGUGAACCAGAACCCUGGAGAAUAAAACAUGAGGAACAAGGAGGCCUGAUGAAAGUGAAAGAGGAAAGGCAAGAUCUAAAUGAAGUGGAGGAGAAACCUCAGCAUCAGAAAGCUCAUGAUGUCACCACUGGAGAAAAACUAUUGAGUUGCUCCAAAACUGAAAACAGUUGCUCACAAAGCAUUCAAGUAACAGAAGUCACAAGACCUUUCAGCUGCUCUCAGUGUGGAAACACUUUCAAACAUAAAGGAAGCCUUAAGAGGCACAUGUUAAUUCAUACUGGAAAAAGGCCUUUCAUCUGCUCGCAGUGUGGAAAGAGUUUUAUACAGAAAGGACACUUUAAUGAGCAUGUGCGAAUUCACACUUCAGAAAAGGCUUUCACCUGCCCUCAGUGUGGAAAGACUUUCACACGCAAAGGAAGCCUGAAGAGGCACAUAUCAAUUCAUACUGGAAAAAAUCCUUUCACCUGCUCUAAGUGUGGAAAGCGUUUUACAUGUAAAGGUAAUCUUAAUUAUCAUUUGGAAACUCACACUGAAGAAAAGGCUUUCACCUGCCCUCAGUGUGGAAAGACUUUCAGGUGCAAAGAAACCCUUGAGAAUCACAAGUUAAUUCAUGCUGGAAUAAAGCCUUUUACCUGCACUCAGUGUGGAAAGACUUUCAGGUGUAAAGAAACCCUUGAGAAUCACAUGUUAAUUCAUGCUGGAAUAAAGCCUUUCAGCUGCUCUCAGUGUGGAAAGAGUUUUACACAUAAAGGAAGCCUUAAGAGUCACAUGUUAAUUCAUUCUGGAACAAGGCCUUUCAGCUGCUCCCAGUGUGGAAACCGUUUCAAACAUAAAGGAAGCCUUAAGGUUCACAUGUUAAUUCAUAUUGGAAAAAGGCCUUUCAUCUGCUCCCAUUGUGGAAAGCGUUUUACACAGAAAGGACAACUUAAUGAGCAUGUGCGAAUUCACGCUUCAGAAAAGCCUUUCACCUGCCCUCAGUGUGGAAAGACUUUCUCACGUAAAAGAAGCUUGAAGAAGCACAUGUCAAUUCAUACUGGAAUAAAGCCUUUCUCCUGCUCUCAGUGUGGAAAGAGUUUUACAUGUAAAGGAAGUCUUGAUUAUCAUUUGAUAACUCACACUAAAGAAAAGGCUUUCAGCUGCUCUCAGUGUGGAAAGACUUUCAGGUGUAAAGAAACCCUUGAAAAUCACAUGUUAAUUCAUGCUGGAAUAAAGCCUUUCAGCUGCUCUCAGUGUGGAAACACGUUCAAACAUAAAGGAAGCCUUAAGACUCACAUGUUAAUUCAUACUGGAACAAGGCCUUUCAUUUGCUCCCAUUGUGGAAAGCGUUUUACACAGAAAGGACAACUUAAUGAGCAUGUGCGAAUUCACACUUCAGAAAAGCCUUUCAGCUGCCCUCAGUGUGGAAAGACUUUCACACGUAAAGGAAGCCUGAAGUUGCACAUGUCAGUUCAUACUGGAAUAAAGCCUUUCACCUGCUCUCAGUGUGGAAAGAGUUUUACAUGUAAAGGAAAUCUUAAUUAUCAUUUGGUAAAUCACACUGAAGAAAAGACUUUCACCUGCCUUCAGUGUGGAAAGACUUUCAGGUGUAAAGAAACCCUUGAGAAUCACAUUUUAAUUCAUGCUGGAAUAAAGCCUUUCACCUGUCCUCAGUGUGGAAACACUUUCAAACAUAAAGGAAGCCUUAAGAGUCACAUGUUAAUUCAUACUGGAAAAAAGCCUUUCAUCUGCUCUCAGUGUGGAAAGUGUUUUACACAUAAAGGACACCUUAAUGAGCAUGAGAUAAUUCAUGCUUCAGAAAAGCCUUUCACUUGCCCUCAGUGUGGAACCAGUUUCACACGUAAAGGAAGCCUGAAGAAGCACAUGUCCAUUCAUACUGGAAUGAAGCCUUUGGUGUGCUCCCAGUGUGGAAAGAGUUUUACACAUGAAGGACACCUUAAUGAUCAUUUGGCAACUCACACUGACGGAAAGUCUUUCACCUGCUCUCAUUGUGGAAAGACUUUCACGUGUAAAGAAACCCUUGAGAAUCACAUGUUAAUUCAUGCUGGAAUAAAGCCUUUCAGCUGCUCUCAGUGUGGAAACACUUUCAAACAUAAAGGAAGUCUUAAGAGACACAUGUUAAUUCACACUGGAACAAGGGCUUUCGCCUGCUCCCAGUGUGGAAAGAGUUUUACACAUAAAGGACACCUUAAUGAGCACGUGCUAAUUCAUGCUUCAGAAAAGCCUUUUACCUGCUCUCAGUGUGGAAACUCUUUCACACGUAAAGGAAGCCUUAAGAAACACAUGUUAAUUCAUACUGGAAUAAGGCCUUUCACCUGCUCUCAAUAGCACAAAGUUCAUCUGCACCACUCUCACUCUGCCGUAAGGCAAUUUAACUGAUCACUGCAGUAAAGCAUUUGCUUUGCCGUCAUUACUGAAGAACCACCAGAAAGUUCAUACAAAUGAGAAACUGUACGCCUGUCCUAUUUGUGGAAGAGAUUUCCAAGGAUUGACUCCCUGAAAAGACACCAGAAAAUAAUACAUGAUAGCUUGAUAAAUUGUGUGCUGUGUGGGAAAAGCUUUAAUACAGAAGAUCUCCCAUGCCAAAGCACCCAUAAGGGAGAGAAACCAUACAAGUGUUGAAAUAUGAAAAAAAAAAAAGACAGUUAAUCAACAGUUACCACUAAAAUAUAAUAAAAUAGAAAAAAUCUCUGGGACUUUCUCUUCUGUUGACAUUCAUUCAAAAAAGCCAACCUGUUCUCAUUUCAAAGGCGAACGAUAAUGAUAAUGAAAACCAUGCCCAAAAUCCCCAUGCCCUUCACGUCAGUAUCGACAGCAACUGUUUCUCAUUGAAAGCCUUAAACUUACCUGCGCGUAUAAAGACGCUUUUUGGGCAAAAGUCUUGAACAAACAUGCAGCAUUUAUGAGAACGGAUUGGAGUGUUAACCGGUUGCACACCGGACGGGAAGAGCCGCGCCUCGGACGUCUCAUAGUAGGCCUAUCGAACACUGGUCCAGUCUUUCUGUACUCGCGUUCUCAAGUUCAAGGUGGCAGUUUAAAACAGUGAAUCAAAUCACCGUACGUACAUAAAGUUCACUUCAAGAAUUAAUUCAAGUGGCGUCAGUAUAAGGAAAAAAACUGCAUAAACAGAGAGAGUGUGAUUAUUGUUUCUCUGCACUAUUUAAGGCACAGAAACAAAUCUGUUGUUAAAAUGCACAACACACAGUCUUGCAGACUAGGGUAAAGUCAGAAUGUACACAUAUCCAUCCCAAAUAGUUGUAUUUUAGAAAUCUGAAUGGCAAACUGUGGUCCGGAAUGAUUUUGAACAGCUGUUGGGUGUAGAUGCGAGUUUGCGGUCAUAGCCUAUUCUAUCUUCUAAUUUUAAAGACGCGGUGCUUCACUUCUCUCAGUUUGCGACCUGUUUAGCUUUGUUUUGCUAAUGUUUGAGUUAAGUUCUCCUUUUAGGGGAAGGGCUCUGAUAGCGAUGGCAUGCAAAAUGGUAGAACAUAAUUUAUGAACCCGCCAAAUUGGCUUGUGAAUUGAUGUGCGUUACCCGCCAAGAUCGAUUUUCACCCGCAUUUGUCUAUGUGUAAGAAAAGUGUAAAAAUAGAAAUUCAAAUAGGGCUGCCCCCUAAUAGACAACUAAGUGUUAGUAGACUAGAAGAGGCUUGAUCGACCAAGAUUUUAUUAAUUAGUUUGCAAAAAAAAUCACAGGAAGUGGUGAAAAUAUUUAGUCGGGGGCAGCCAUACAUGCAAAUGUGAAUUUUCUGUUUACAUGUACACAUUGCUACAUAAUACUUACUGUUGAAAUCUUGAUGUAACUAAGUGCAAAGUGAUGUCAUCAAAAUUGUUGAUACAUAUUGGUGGAAGUUUUGAAUGCUGUCAAUAGAUUGUCGCGAUUAAUCACACACUUACCGUGAAAUUAAGCAUACACCAUUUAUCUUGUUUAACACAUCCAUUUUGCCAUCAUUGCCUAUAUCCAGCAAAGUAAACCAACAGAUUGAAGUGUGAUUCUCACAAAACUGUAUUUUUCAGCUUUUUUCAAGGUAAAUUUAAUGUCUUUCCAAAAAGGACACCAAAUAACCAAAUAUUUUUUCAUAUAAUUCAUACAUUUAUGUACACCAAAGCACCCAUAAAAAAAAUAAAAGCAAAAAAACGUUUCAGAAUUGAGUGUAUAGUAUGUGCAACAGCAAAGAGCUUGUUUGCAUUUUGUUUGCACAUCAAUAUAACAGAUUCACGUGUGCUUCUGUACGUUAUCGCAAUCGUCUUUACUUUGAUUGCAAUCCUUAUCCAUCAAAACUUUCAUAGCAAGAAGCUGAUUUGCUUUAUCCAGCAGAGAAACAUAGUUUUCAUAUCAUCUGGCCAUACAGCGGUGGGAUGGCUCGACGUUCCGUUCAGACAGGAACAGCGUGAUGCGGGAGGGCUCGUGCUCUUCAGAUACAAUGACACAAUAUGACAGAGUUCGUGUUUUAAAGCGAAACAGACACUGGAAUGAAUAAUUCUCUUUGCCAUCUCUGAUAUAAUCAGCAUGGACUUUAAGAUCAUCUAACUGUGUGACAUAAAUUAACUUAUGAUGCAAUUUCACAUGCUUCUGUGUGUAAUAUAUAUAUAUAUAUAUAUAUAACAGUUUGGGGGCUCGUCCGGGAUAUUCCCAAGAAACACGGGACUGACAGGUCAUCCUUCAUCACAGGUAAGUUGUUUGAAGUGAUUUCCUGUGGUGGUAGGAUUGAUUGAUCUCAUCCAGUUAGUCCAGGAAGAUUUGUCUGUAAGGGUACCGUUUAAACGCACAGCUACCUGACAAAUAUUUUUUUGGCUUCAUGCAUAUUACAAUCCUUACAGGGAAUGAUUAAAGGGGCUCUAUGUAGGAAUGACACCCAGUGGUCGAGAUAGGUACUACAGUCCAAAUUCAAAAUAUUGUUUGCCCCGCCCCCUCCUUCAAGACGCAGGUUGCCAGCUUGAGGACACGCAACAAGAGGGAGCGCAAUUGACAAUGAAAGGUGAGGAGACUUACACACUGUAAGCUGAUGAGUUGAUUUAUCUGGCGUUCAUAGAGAUUUUUAGAUAGAUGCAGAGGCUUUUUAGGUCAGGUAGAAUCUGCGAUUCUGUGACCCAGUUUGUUUGCUGGUUUCCAUGGCUGCAAUACGCAGUGUUUUCCGCCAGCUGGCAACCUGCAAUGUUGAAAUACUAUUGGAUAAACUGGCAGCACACAGUUUUGCACAGACCAAAACAAAGAUAGACAUUCUGACACGGAACGCACAUUUCAAAGUAGAAUGUCUGGCUGUAGCAAUGGUUUUCUGAGAAACAAGUAGGUGAACUUAGCAUGUUUCCUAAAUAUCUGCAAACAUAUUGGGGUAUUUUUAUGCUUUAUUAAAGUGAAAAUCUUACAUAUAGCUCCUUUAAGACAAGUCUUGGAAUAGUCUAUAGAUCACAGUAUUAGAUUAUGAUUGUGUUUAGAUUUUGCUUGCUAUUAUUUGAAAAAAACAGCUUUAGCAAUUUCCUUUAAAGUGAAGCACUAAAUCAUAAAUGAUUUAAAGUGGCCAUUGUUAAAUUUCUUAUUUCUUGGGCUUCACUUUUUGACUUUCUUUGUGUCUUGCGAUUUUUCCAUUGUGCACAUCAUGUACCUACCUGGACAAAACAAGAAGUAGUAGUCCUUGGACACACUGACAUUCUCACAGGCAACUAGAAGUUGAAGACACACACAUUUACGCACAUACAUUUCUUAUUUGUUAUUAUAUUUCUUGAAAUGCCACACAUGGUAAGGUUUCUUAAGUUGUGAUUGGAUGAUCAAGCCAUCCUGUUGAUUGUUGUUCAACCUAUGUCUAUAAAUAUGACCCUUCUUCCUGAAUAAAUCUGAGAAUGCUUUGUACCACA